AUGUUUGCACCAUGUUUGAUUCAUAAUUCAUCUAAAUAUUUGUGCCAGGACUGUAGUUCUUUGGAAAUUAUAAAACACAAGAUUAAAUUAUAUAAACUAUUGCAAGAAUUAAAAAUUUUAAAGCAUGAAAUUGAUGAGAUAUUGGUUAGUUCUAUGGUAGAUACUUGUGCUACUGAUUCCACUGCUAUCGUUACUGCCAAUACCAAUAUUGAAAUAGUAACACUAUUAAAAUCACGAGUAUUGGCUUUAAAGGUAAUAGCCAAGAAAAGAGAAAUUGGUCAGUUAGAGAAAUCAAUAAAAGAUCUAGAAAAAUCAAAUGUAGAAAAACUCAGUAAAAUAUUAACAAUUGAACAAAGUUUAAUAAAUAAAAAAAAGACCGGCGCAAAUAUUAAUAAUGGUGAUACUAAUAAUAUAAAGUAUGAAAAGGAAACAGAACAUGAUCAUAACGAUAUCAAGUGUAAAAUUUUACAAAGUAGUAAAAUGGUGUACAAAUUUCAAAAUGAAAAGUUUAAUCAGUUGUCCGAAUUAAUACCUUUGAGAUUUGCAAAAUAUACUUAUUAUUUUGGUAAUGUGCCCAUACCUGAAAAUUUAAAGAGUAUAGGAACUAUAUUGUUACCUGGUCGUAAAACUAAGAUAUCUUCUGACUUUUUACUAGAUGAUUUGAUCAAAUAUUUGAAAGUGGGAUUAAAAGUAUGGGGUGUUGAAUAUAAAAUGAUAUUUACAAAGUUUUUUUUUUUAAAAUUAAACAAACAAGACAAUCCUAGCCAUCAAGAGGCAACCAGGAGGAAGACCAAGAACAAGAGGAGGGAUAUCGAUUAUAAUAACAUUCCCACUAAAAAUAAAGAGAAAAACAAGAUAAAUGCUGUAAAAUCACAAAAGAGGGAAAAAGAAGGAAAAAAAGAAGAAAAGGAAGAAAUAAUAUUUCAGGAUGGAGAAGAUAGUUCAUAUAAUGGUAUUAAUAGUAAUACCAAAAAGGAUAGAUAUAAAUUACAAUUGAAUAAUAAAAAUAGUGGAAACAGAAGGUUUUUCUUGCAGACAAAACAGCUUAGGACCCCAGAUAUGGAGGCAUCAGCAGCUAAUUCUUCUGUUGAAACACAUGCUAUUAACAAAGACAAUAAAAACAACGAUGGCAACUUACUGGCCAAAAAAAAUGAAAUCAAUAGAAUAAAUAACAAUCACUAUAAUAUAUUGAAUAAAGUUACUUUUAUAAUAUUUUCAGCUUAUAAAAUUAGGAAUAUUCAGGCAAGGUAUAAUAACAAUAAUGUGAAUUAUACCAAUAAUAUUACAGAUGAUAUUAAGAAAAUAAAUGUACAAGAUUACAAUUUUUUAGGUAGAUUAAUAUAUGAAACUUUUAAAGGGAAAGAACAUGGUGAUUCCACUGAAACUUUAGUGAUAGAAAUAGAGGAAGAUAAGCGAUUUGUUUUAUAUAUCUAUAGGUUGAUCAAAGAUAUAAUAGAAAAGAAAAAUGAAGAGAAAUGGUUAUUAAUAUCGUGA